CUCGAAGCGUUUAUAACAACUUGGAACGCGGCGACUUGCCGCGCGUUCUGCUGCGGCUGUGAGUUCCCAGCCCUGGUGCGGGACGUGUGCCCCGGGCUCUACCUCUCCCCUCGCAGCACGUUCCCCCUCCGCCCUCGCUCACCAUCCGGCCGCCAUGGAGCCGUUGGCUUUCCCCCGGCGGCCCGGCCCGGCUCCUUCGGCCGCCACCGCCCCGGCCACCGAGCUUGCCCGGCCCCUGCCCGACAGGCUCAUCAAGUCGCCCAAGCCCCAGAUGAAGAAGCAGGCAGUGAAGCGGCACCACCACAAGCACAACCUGCGCCACCGCUACGAGUUCCUCGAGACCCUGGGCAAGGGAACCUACGGGAAGGUGAAGAAGGCGCGGGAGAGCUCGGGGCGCUUGGUGGCCAUCAAGUCAAUCCGGAAAGACAGAAUCAAAGAUGAGCAAGACUUGAUGCACAUUCGGCGAGAGAUUGAGAUCAUGUCAUCACUCAACCACCCCCACAUCAUUGCCAUCCACGAAGUGUUUGAGAACAGCAGCAAGAUUGUGAUCGUCAUGGAGUACGCCAGCCGGGGCGACCUGUACGACUACAUCAGUGAGCGGCAGCGGCUCAGCGAGCAGGACGCCCGCCAUUUCUUCCGGCAGAUCGUCUCGGCCGUGCACUAUUGCCACCAGAAUGGGGUUGUCCACCGUGAUCUCAAGCUGGAGAACAUCCUCUUAGAUGCCAAUGGAAAUAUUAAGAUUGCAGACUUUGGGCUCUCCAACCUCUACCGCCAGGGCGAGUUCCUGCAGACGUUCUGUGGGAGCCCCCUGUACGCCUCACCUGAGAUCGUCAACGGGAAACCCUACACGGGCCCAGAGGUGGACAGCUGGUCCUUGGGUGUCCUUCUGUACAUCCUGGUCCAUGGUACCAUGCCCUUUGAUGGGCAGGACCAUAAGACGCUGGUGAAACAGAUCAGCAACGGGUCCUACAGGGAGCCGCUUAAACCCUCUGAUGCCUGUGGCCUGAUCCGGUGGUUGUUGAUGGUGAACCCCACCCGCCGAGCCACCCUGGAGGAUGUGGCCAGUCACUGGUGGGUCAACUGGGGCUAUGCCACCCGCGUGGGGGAGCAGGAGGCUCUGCACGAGGGCGGGCACCCUGGCAGCGACUCUGGCCGGGCCUCCAUGGCUGACUGGCUGCGGCGGUCCUCUCGCCCGCUCCUGGAGAAUGGGGCCAAGGUCUGCAGCUUCUUCAAGCAGCACGCGCCUGGAGGCGGGAGCAUCGCCCCAGGCCUGGAGCGCCAGCAUUCACUCAAGAAGUCCCGCAAAGAGAACGACAUGGCCCAGUCUCGCCAGGGGGACCUGGCUGACGAUCCCUCUCUCCGUCCCGGCAGGGGCAACCUCAAGCUGCCGAAGGGCAUUCUCAAGAAGAAGGCACCAACCUUGUCAGAAGGGGCAAGGGCAGACCCCGAGCCCAGCCUGGGCCCUGCGAGCCCAGGGCAGGCCGCCCCCCUGCUCCCCAAGAAGGGCAUCCUCAAGAAGUCUCGGCAGCGGGAAUCUGGCUACUACUCCUCUCCGGAACCCAGUGAAUCUGGGGAGCUCCUGGACGCCGGCGAUGUGUUUGUGAGUGGGGACUCUGAGGAGCAGAAGCCCCCCCAGGCCUCAGGGCUGCCCCUCCAUCGCAAAGGCAUCCUCAAACACAAUGGCAAGUUCUCCCGCACAGCCCUGGAGCUCCCAACCCCCUCCACCUUCGGCUCCUUGGAUGAACUGGCCUCCCCUCACCCUCUGGCCCGGGCCAGCCGCCCCUCCGGGGCUAUGAGUGAGGACAGCAUCCUGUCCUCUGAGUCAUUUGACCAGCUGGACUUGCCUGAACGGCUCCCCGAGCCCCUGCUGCGGGGCUGUGUGUCUGUGGACAACCUCAUGGGGCUUGAGGAGCCCCCCGCAGAGGGCCCUGGAAGCAGAGGCCUGAGGCGCUGGUGGCAGGACCCCCUGGGGGAUAGCUGCUUUUCCCUGACCGACUGCCAGGAGGUGACAGAGGCCUACCGACAGGCACUGGGGGUCUGCUCAAAGCUCAGCUGAGGGUGGGGGGGGGGGCGCCGCCCCAUCCUGGGUAGGCUCUAAAAUGCAGCUGCACCCUGAGGGGAGACCACCACCGCCCCUGCCUCCUGAGACUAGUAUCCUGGCCAGGAAGGCUGAGGUGGUUUGCACUUGAGCCCUAGAGAGGGCUGGACGGGAAGUGGGCAAGUCAAGUGCAUUGAGGGUUCCAAGUCUUUGGCCCUGUGGAGCAGAGAAGAGAGUAGAGGGGAAGCUAGUAGAGGGAGGAGGGGAAGGCCUGUGGCCGAGAGUCCGGGUUGCCCGCUUCUGGUUCGCACAGUAGGGCCGCAGACACCAGGAAAGAACACUCUCUCAGUGCCAGUCUCCUUUCUUGCAGUAAGUUUUGUGCGUGGUGACUUCCUGCUAAGGUGGGGAAGGAAACUCCUCAGAUACAGGUCCCAUCCCCAUCAACCACUAAAACUGGAAUGUGGCGCCCCCGCAAUGUGCCUGGGGCGUCCUGGGAAUGGUCUCCUACCGUGUACCCUUCCUUAUUUAUCUCAACAGUAAGAGAACCCAACCUUUAUCUCCUCGAAGGUUUUCUCCUCUUUCCCGUCCUCCAAACCCGGCCCAAGCCUCCUGGAGUCGCUGCUAGGGAUCUAAAAGACUCAAAAAGGCUCAGGCUGCUGCUAUCGGACUUCAUCUCAAGGGGCCCAGAUUCCCCUGGACCCCACCUUGGACCUCGAAGACUCUGAACCUCUCUGGCCUCCAAGCUGCUCCUGCUACUGAGAAUGGAGUGUCUAUUGCUCUGGGCUUUCCGGACCCUGGGAUGCCCUUAUUUAUUUUUAUGUGUUCAGCCCUGUGUUUUUAAAAAAGUGAAUCUAGCUCUUUUCAAUAAUGUGAAUACUAUGUUCUGGGGAAGUCCACUGUGAUGCCUAAGUUUUGUGAACAGGGAGAUAUUUUUGCAGUGAUUCCCUACUGAUCAUGGGGGGAGGGGAUCAAUCACAUGUCCCACUGCACUGUCCGGGAGGGGGUCUCUGGCUCCCUCCCACCAUGCCCUGAUUCUGUCUACCUGAUGGUCCCUCUUCCCUUCCACCGUGGCUAGAGAGAACCCCUGCAUUAAAACCAGAACCGUGGUUGGAA